CUCGAAUUCCUGUGUGUUGUUUGUUGUCGCGAAUUCGCUAUCGCUAUCGCUGUCGCUGUCUAUCUGUGAAGUGCCUCAGCCCGUACCGACACUUGAGACCUUUGAGAUACCUCUGCCGUCAUGCAAAUCUUCGUGAAGACCCUCACAGGUGAAUACGGCACAUACAGGGGAGGAGGGAGGCAGGGAGGGCAGCCAGGGGUCGUAAGGGGAGCCAGCAGAGGCGGGAGAGCCGGGAGAGGGGCAUUUGCGGUCAGCCUGUCGUGUCGCAGUGGCGUGUCAUGUCUCAUGCCUGUGAGGCCUCCUGAUGACGUGUCUCUGCUCGUGCGUUGUGCAGGCAAGACGAUUACGUUGGAUGUGGAGCCCUCUGACACCAUCGAGAAUGUGAAGGCCAAGAUUCAGGACAAGGAGGGCAUCCCCCCCGACCAGCAGCGUUUGAUCUUCGCCGGUAUGCCCCGCUGCACCCACACCCACACCGCACACACAACACCUCAGCAGCGGCGCCUCACGUGUGUGUGUCGUGUGUGUGUGUGUGUGUGUGGUGUGCAGGCAAGCAGCUGGAGGACGGCCGCACUUUGUCGGACUACAAUAUCCAGAAGGAGUCGACCCUCCAUCUGGUGCUGCGUUUGAGGGGCGGUAUGCAGAUCUUCGUCAAGACGCUUACUGGUCAGCCACGCCACGCACCAGCCGCACUCACCCCCACACGGCUCAUGUGCGUCGGUGUGGUGUGUGCAGGCAAGACCAUCACGCUGGACGUGGAGCCCUCGGACACCAUCGAGAACGUACGCCUCACGAGUCAACCAAGACACCACACACACGUCACCCCACUCACCGGUGUGUUGUGGUCUGUGUGCGGCGUGUGUGCAGGUGAAGGCCAAGAUUCAGGACAAGGAGGGCAUUCCCCCCGACCAGCAGCGUUUGAUCUUCGCCGGCAAGCAGCUCGAGGACGGCCGCACCCUCUCGGACUACAACAUCCAGAAGGUCAGCCACAUACACACCCAGAGACACACAUCAUGAGAUGGCCUCUCGACCCACACGUGUCUCUGUGGUUGUUGCCGCUUGGCGUGCAGGAGUCGACUCUCCAUCUGGUGCUGCGUUUGAGGGGCGGUAUGCAGAUCUUUGUCAAGACGCUCACUGGUCAGCUGCGCCGCGCUCACCCACACACGUUGCAGAGGGCCACAGACAUGUGUGUGGUGUCGGUGCGUUGGUGCGUUGUGCAGGCAAGACGAUUACGUUGGAUGUGGAGCCCUCUGACACCAUCGAGAACGUGAAGGCCAAGAUCCAGGACAAGGAGGGCAUCCCCCCCGACCAGCAGCGUUUGAUCUUCGCCGGUAUGCCCCGCUGCACCCACACCCACACCGCACACACAACACCUCAGCAGCAGCGCCUCACGUGUGUGUGUGUCUGUGUCGUGUGUGUGGUGUGCAGGCAAGCAGCUGGAGGACGGCCGCACUUUGUCGGACUACAACAUCCAGAAGGAGUCGACCCUCCAUCUGGUGCUGCGUUUGAGGGGCGGUAUGCAGAUCUUCGUCAAGACGCUUACUGGUCAGCCACGCCACGCACCAGCCGCACUCACCCCACACGGCUCAUGUGCGUCGGUGUGGUGUGUGCAGGCAAGACCAUCACGCUGGACGUGGAGCCCUCGGACACCAUCGAGAACGUGAAGGCCAAGAUUCAGGACAAGGAGGGCAUUCCCCCCGACCAGCAGCGUUUGAUCUUCGCCGGCAAGCAGCUCGAGGACGGCCGCACCCUCUCGGACUACAACAUCCAGAAGGUCAGCCACACACACACCCAGAGUCUCUACACACAUCAUGAGAUGGCCUCUUGACCACACGUGUGUCUGUGGUUCUUGUCGCUUGGCGUGCAGGAGUCGACCCUCCACCUGGUGCUGCGUUUGAGGGGCGGUAUGCAGAUCUUCGUCAAGACGCUCACUGGUCAGCCGCGCCGCGCUCACCCACACGCUGCAGAGGGCCACAGACAUGUGUGUGGUGUCGGUGCGUUGGUGCGUUGUGCAGGCAAGACGAUUACGUUGGAUGUGGAGCCCUCUGACACCAUCGAGAACGUGAAGGCCAAGAUCCAGGACAAGGAGGGCAUCCCCCCCGACCAGCAGCGUUUGAUCUUCGCCGGUAUGCCCCGCUGCACCCACACCCACACCGCACACACAACACCUCAGCAGCAGCGCCUCACGUGUGUGUGUGUGUCUGUGUCGUGUGUGUGGUGUGCAGGCAAGCAGCUGGAGGACGGCCGCACUUUGUCGGACUACAACAUCCAGAAGGAGUCGACCCUCCACCUGGUGCUGCGUCUGAGGGGCGGCCAGUAGAUAGGCCCACAUCGCACCACCUCACACCCAAAACACACCACACUUAGAUUGCAUGACUGACUAGCGAGCGGUGUUGGAGGCUGACUGAGAGUGCUUCAUCGACGGACGGCGGCGCAUGGCAUCCACACAUACCAAACACACAGAUAAGUUUCGUUCGACCGAGAGCAGACGGGCGCGGUUCGUGGCGUGUGCGCGUGAGGUGGCGUGCGGGAAGUUUUGGCGUGGCUCGUGUGCGCGUGUGGGCGGCCAAUCGGAUGCCCACCGCGCGUAUGGUCUACCUGCCUGGCUUCCCGUGACCAUUCAGUGCUUGCCUGUCUGUCUUGUUUGGUCAUGAGUGAGUGCCGUGUGCGUCGUGGGUGCGUGGGUGUGAUCUUUUGUGCAGUCAGUCUGUUUGUCGCCUUUUUCUCCCUGAUGAGCCCCAGGCUUGUUCAUACACACGUCGACGGGCCGUGAGCGCGUGUUUCCCACUGUGUCUUGUCUUUCUGACUGGCUGUUUGUUAUGACUGGAGAGACUCGAG